UCAAACAUGGCUCGUUCAACAACUAUCAAGGAAGCCCUACAACGUUGGUCAGCGGAGCGAGAUGGAGAAGACCCCACCAAAGCCAAAGACAUACAACUACAAUUUCAAUGGCCUCCGAUUGAAAAGAUGGAUGGCACUUUAUCUACGUUGGUUGAAUGCGAGAAACUCAGUAUAUCGUCAAACAUGAUUGACAAAAUUGUCGGCUUGAACGGAAUGAAAAAUCUACGGAUUUUAUCUCUGGGUCGAAAUAACAUCCGAGCACUCACUGGGCUUGAGGUAGUCGGUGAAACACUGGAAGAGCUGUGGGUUAGCUACAAUCUUAUCGACAAGCUAAAGGGUGUCGAAAAUCUGAAGUGCCUCAAAGUGCUCUACAUCGGAAACAACUCGAUCCGUGAGUGGGGUGAGUUCAACAAGCUACAGGCGGUCUCAACCCUGGAGGAAUUGCUCUUUGUCGGAAAUCCUCUGGUCGAAAAUAUCGAUGGGGUGGCUUAUCAGAGGGAGGUCCUGAAAAGGUUACCAUUCCUGAAGAAGCUGGACGGUGAAGCACUGCUAGCGGAUGAAGACUGAUUGCUGGCCGGAUUUACAUUCCUUGUAGUACUCAUAUAAGUGAGCAUAUAUGUCUGUUUUUGUGCAUGAUGUGUACUCAGUGUAGAAGCUAUGCUUGUGCAAUGUUUGAAUAUAUGUAAAGCAAAUAGA